UGUACACAGCGAUAUCUGAACGUGACUCCGCGAGAGUUUAUCGGCAAAAAUGUCUGCUCGUGCAGCUAUUGGAAAAGUUGGCAAAUUUAUGCUGAAAAGUAGUAUUCAAAACAAUUGUUUGAACAAAUGUUCCUGUCGAUUCUUUUCAGCAAGCUCAACAGGAGAUAGGAAAGAAUAUGAUGUUGUUAUUGUUGGUGGUGGUAUUGUUGGCAUGGCAACUGCCCGGGAACUUAUCCUCAGACAUCCAACUCUCUCAUUUGCUGUCGUUGAGAAAGAAAACAAACUUGCUGCUCACCAGAGUGGUCACAACAGUGGGGUGAUACAUGCAGGGAUAUACUACACUCCUGGCUCACUGAAAGCUAAACUAUGUGUUCAAGGUGUUGAAAUGAUAUAUGAUUACUGUGAUAAAAAUAAUGUACCAUAUAAUAAAUGUGGUAAGUUGAUAGUUGCAACAGAACCUGAGGAAAUCCCGAGACUGGAGGCAUUAUUAGAGCGAGGAAUUGAGAAUGGUGUGAAAGAUCUACGUAUGAUUGAAGGAAAUCAGAUAAAAGACAUAGAACCAAACUGUGUUGGUUUGAAGGCUGUACAUUCACCACACACUGGUAUCAUAGACUAUGGUUUAGUGACGCGGUCAUAUGGAGAGUUCUUUACGAAACGGGGUGGCCAAAUAUUCACAGAUUUCCCUGUAUCUGAAAUGUCUGUUACAGCAGAAAGCAAGUCAGGAGAUCUAGAUGGCAACAAAUAUCCGAUUACAGUUGUUGGAAAUAGUAAUCAGAAUCAAGUAUUACAGUGUAGAUAUGUCGUGACAUGUUGUGGUUUACAGUCUGAUCGUAUAGCAGAGUUAUCCGGCUGUAACAGAGAACCUAGAAUUGUUCCAUUCAGGGGAGACUACCUACUCCUUAAACCUGAAAAAAGUGAUAUGGUUAGAGGCAAUAUAUAUCCAGUUCCAAAUCCAGCUUUACCUUUUCUUGGGGUACACUUCACACCCAGGAUGGAUGGUAGUGUAUGGCUUGGACCUACAGCUGUGCUGGCGUUCAAGAGGGAGGGAUAUAAUCUGUUAGACUUUAAUGUGAGGGAUACAGUAGAUGCUCUGAAAUUCAGAGGGACCAGAAAGCUGGCAUUGAAACAUUUAACAUUUGGUAUGAGUGAGAUGUGGAGGGCAUUUUUUAUAUCGGCACAAGUUAAACAACUACAGAGGUUUAUACCAACAUUAAAACGUGAAGACGUCAUCAGGGGACCGGCUGGUGUUCGAGCGCAGGCGUUGAACCGGGAAGGUGCCCUUGUUGAUGAUUUUGUGUUUGAUCAGGGCGAGGGAGAUAUAGGCAGUAGAAUAUUACACAUCCGAAACUCACCGUCACCGGCCGCUACAUCGUCGUUAUCUAUAGCUAAUAUGGCCGUGGACAAAAUUGAUAAAAUAUUCCAACUGUGAUACAAAUUUAAUAUGUUAAAUAAUUGUUGUUAAUCUAUAUUUUAUUGUUAACAUAGGGAUACUGUCUGUUGCUGAUUUAAAGGUGCUUAAUUUAUUUAUAUAAUUAUAUAAUCACUGGUCUGAUUUUGUAUUGUAAGCUCAUCAGAAAUAUAUACCGAAUAUUUGUAUGACCUCAAUUAGGAUAUGGCGGAUGGUCUUGAGAUGAUUGUCGGCAAACCUGGAAAGUUUUGUUUUAAUAUUUGUCAAACAUUGAUUAAUUCCUCUGAAGCAACUGAAUUUUGUCUACUAGAAAUAAAGUUAAACAACAACAACAUUUCAUGAAUCAGUAAAUGUAUAACAAAAAAGAACGGAGAAAGAAAUAUUUGAAAAUCAUCUUCCCAUUACUGUUUUAUUUGAACCUCAACAAUGUUGGUUUUUAGUAUUCAUAAUCUCUCAUCACAUAAAUCACAUUUUUAUUUGCAACAUAUAAUAUAAUCUGUGUGGGGAUUUGAAAUAUGAAAAUUCUUUUAUGCAAAAACAGAAAGUUUAUCUGCAUUGCACUUCUUUUAAUAUAUGAAUGAUACUGAUUGAAUAUCACUUUUUCGAUAAAAAUUUUUGUAAAUAAUUCUCACCUAGUCUUAAUUCUAUCUGUAAUUUAUAUACAUGUAUGAAAUUCCCGCCGAAGCAUAUAUUACUCAAGUGUUAGAUAGUCAUAAGAAAGCAAUAAUAUAAAAAUUCACGUCAAAUCAUUGAAUCCUGAAUUAUGAAAGGUGCAAUAACUGCAUUG